CAGAGAACGGAACGUUGCCGGUUCAAUUUCACGUUAUCGUUAUCGUUAUCGUUGAUUGAUUCCCAAAUCGCUCCUUCCCCUUCCCCUUCCCCAAUUAGGCCAAGUCUCGAUCGGUUGCGGCUUCUUCUCUCGCGUACGCGGCGAAUUCCCUGCCGGCUCCCGUCUCGUCGAUCGUCCUCGCCUCCCUUCUCCCCGUGAUUAUUGAAGUCGAGGGAGAGAGGGAUGAGCUUCCAGGAUCUGGAAGCGGGGCGACCGCUCGCCGAGCGGAGGGAUCUUAUCAAUGGGCGGCAGGAUCAGUCGCAGGCGGUCACCGCGGGGCUGUUCCAGAUCACCACGUCGGUUCGCAAUUUCGAGCGCCUGGUCAACACGAUCGGCACCCCCAAGGAUACCCCCGAACUCCGAGAUAAGCUGCACAAUACAAGGCUACAAAUUGGACAGUUAGUUAAAGAUACCUCCGCGAAACUUAAACAAGCUAGUGAAACAGAUCACCAUGUUGAAGUCAGUGCAAGCAAAAAAAUCGCUGAUGCAAAACUUGCAAAGGAUUUCCAAAAUAUUUUGAAGGAGUUCCAGAAACUCCAGAGGGUGUCAGCUGAGAGAGAGACUGCAUUUGCCCCAUUGGGCUCACAAGCAACUCUUCCUUCAAGUUAUGCUGCAACUGAAGCUGACUCUGUUUCUACCAAGCCCUUUGAACAACGUGCUCUGCUUGCAGAGUCUAGAAGGCAAGAGGUGUUGUUGCUGGAUAAUGAAAUUGUUUUCAAUGAGGCAAUCAUUGAGGAAAGAGAACAGGGUAUUCAAGAAAUUCAGCAGCAGAUCGGUCAGGUGAAUGAGAUCUUCAAGGACCUUGCUGUGUUGGUCAAUGAUCAAGGAAUUGUUAUCGAUGACAUCAACUCCCACAUUGAGAAUUCUCACGCAGCAACUUUACAAGCAAAGUCGCAGCUCAAAAAGGCAGCAAAAACCCAAAAGUCAAACUCUUCCUUGAUGUGCCUGCUUUUGGUGAUUUUUGGAAUCAUCCUACUUAUCCUGAUCAUAGUCGUUGCAGCAUAAUCAGAGGCCUUAAUGUUCUUAGACUUUUGGGGUCCUGCAGCAUAAAAUGAUUUGAUCAAACUGAUGGCAGGUCUAAGUUCAUUCUACUAUGAUUAAUGUUAAGCUGCAGCAGUGGCAAGAGUUUUUAAUGUUGACUUAUUGAAAGUGGAUAUAAAGGUUUCUGGCUUGAGUCUGUAUGCGCUGCGUAUCACAAGUGUUCGAUUCAAUCAUUCGUGUUGUUGAGUAACGAUGACGGUUCGUUUUAACUUUUAUCUGGGAAUCCUGUCGGUCGCUGUAAAUUUCGUUCAUUCUGACGUUCAGUACUUUUUAUUUGUUUUUUUAGAAGUUGUUUGAUUCAAACGCUCAGUGUUUUAUAAAGGUGGAUACCAUCAUUGUUUUCUUGAGAUGUAAUACGAAUUCAGCCAUUAUUGUUUGACUUUGUUUCAUUAAAGGUUGAUUCCUUCCA